ACCACGUCCAGUGAACAGUCCUCUUUACAAAUUGUAACUGAACAGUGAUACUAGCUAUUAUGUUGCUAGUAAAUAUAUUAACUACUCAGGACGGGAAGUGGAGCAGUGCAACGGUGGACAGAAGGCAGGAUGGCUGUACUACUGUUUCUUUUAGCAGCACUCUCUGCAUGCACACAAGCAAUUAACGUGAAGGUGCUUGAUACACCAGAACUUAAAGCGCAUCUAGAGGACAACCCCCUCGGAGGUCUUAACAUCGUCUUACAACGCAAAAACUUAAAAGAAGUGAUAACAGUCAUCGGUCGACGCAAUGGCCCCGCUAAGGACGUGGUACAGAGUGGUGACGUGGUGAUACAAUUCUCAAACGACACCACCCUGAGGAUCAAUGCGGAGAAAGUCGAGGGGAAGAGGAGCGGCCAUGUGUUCUCGUUAACAUGGGAGGCGCCGAAGAACAUUCGGUUGGAGGACUGCGUCAACCUUGGCUCUAAACAUUGGUAUGGUGGACCACAACAAAAACGAUAGUACUGGCCGAUAGAACGAUUGGUGCUACCAAACUAUUCCUAUAUAACCAAGGAAGCUGACAAUUGUGGCAUAGCUGAGCCAUAUUGGCUCGCAUCAGAUGGCAUAUUCUACCAUUUCGACAGGAGAGUACCACUAUUUGUAGACCAAAAUGACUUGGAGAAGAACGCAGCUUGCUUUUUCGCCCAAAUUAAGCCUCCCUACUCGAAUAAGAGAGAACGAAAUGAGUUGACUUAUGCAAUUGGCGUAUUCGACGAUGUUAGGAAGGCCCACGAGUACGCUGUUGAGAAAUAUCUCAAAAAACCCUCAGGGGUGCCAGAUGAGAGGAUGAUCAAGUACCCUAUUUGGUCUACCUGGGCGAGGUACAAAAGAAACAUUAACCAUGACGUUGUGUUGAAGUUUGCUGAUGAAAUCAACAGCAAUGGAUUCCCCAACAGUCAACUCGAGAUAGAUGAUCUUUGGGAGACGUGCUACGGAUCACAGACGGUGGAUGUGAAGAAGUUCCCUAACAUGAAGAAUACCGUGGAUAUUCUGAAGCAGAAAGGGUUUAGAGUGACAAUAUGGACGCAUCCUUUUAUAAAUAAAGAGUGCGAACCUUGGUAUACUGAAGCUAAAAAUAAGGGAUAUCUAGUAUCGUCGGAGUAUGGAUCAGUGGAGACUAGUUGGUGGAAUGACAACAAUACAACCACAGCGUACAUUGACUUCACAAAGCCGGACGCUCGCAAGUGGUACACUGACAGGCUGGAUCUACUGCAGAACUCCUACGGCAUCGACAGCUUCAAGUUCGACGGUGGGGAAUCCAGUUGGGCUCCACAGAUUCCAGAUCUACAAGGCGAUAAGAGAGACCAACCCGGAAUCAUUACUGCGGAGUACAUUAGGGCGGUAGCGAAAUACGGACCUAUGGUGGAAGUCAGAUCAGGACAUGGAACGCAGGACCUCCCGGCCUUCGUCCGUAUGAUCGACAAGGACACCUAUUGGACCUUUGAGAAUGGUCUCCCAACCCUGAUAACAACAUUACUGCAGAUGAACAUGAACGGAUACCCCCUGGUACUACCGGACAUGAUAGGUGGGAAUGGAUACAACGAACCACCCAACAAAGAGUUAUUUAUCCGCUGGCUUCAAGCUAACACCUUCAUGCCCAGCAUGCAGUUCUCUUACGUGCCGUGGGAUUUCGAUAAUGAAACAAUCGCAAUAAGCAAGAAGUACGUGAAACUGCACGAAGAGUACGCGGACGAGAUAUUGCGUGCGUGCGAGCGGGCGACGGCGGCCGGCGCCCCCGUCAACGCGCCCGUGUGGUGGGUCGCUGCCAACGACACCACCGCACACCAAGUCUGGGAUGAGUACCUCGUUGGGGAACGCAUCCUGGUGGCGCCAGUGGUAGAGCGAGGGGCGGAGUCCCGCGACGUAUACUUACCGGCGGGCAACUGGCGAUCGCAGGACUCUGGUACCGUCCUGGCAGGCCCGCAGUGGCUGCGUGACUUCCCCGCCCCAUUAGAUACGCUACCCUUCUUUGUUAAGGACGAGUAAUCACUUUCAACCAUAAAUAUUUACAUGUACGUGGUUUUAAGAACAGAUUCAUGGCGCAAGAAUGUGAUAUCUAAUAUUUACAAAGUAAUAUUUCUGUGUUUGAAUUUUGACUAGUUUAUAUUAUACUCUAUUAUAUAUUAUAACAAUAAAAUUAGUAUGUAAACAUG